CUCCCUCUCUUCUCUCUUUCUUCUCUCUCCAUUGUCCCAAAUCCUCUAACAAGGUAAACACCAUUCUCCAACACCCAUGGAUUCCCAAGAAAAUGAACACACAAAUGAAGAGGAGCCGCCACCUCCGCUCUCCUCCCCUCUCCCUCCCGAUCUCUCCACAAUCUCCUCCGAAAUCGACCAAUACAUCUCGUCGCAGGAGUCCCUCCCCCCCGACGCCCCCACCAUCAUCGAGAAAUUCCUGAUGCUGGUGGAGGAGGAGAUGGAGCCCUUCGACUCCACCGACGCCCCCCUCAAAUGGACCCGCCUCAAAGAGGAGGACGCCUCUUGGUUCCUCCGAACCACCAACCGCGUUUCCUCCCUCGUCAAACUGCUGGCCGAGUUCCGAUCCGAUUACAAAUACGCCUACACGAUCAACCGCGCCGGCAGCGUGCUGCACCGCGCGAUGUCGUAUUUGGAGGGCGAAUUCAAGGCCAUUUUAGAGGAUCACAGCAAGUCCCCUGGCUCCACCGCGGACCUAACGAGAGUAUGCAGCGCCAUGCUCAGAGGCGGCUACCAAGACGAGUGCUGCCACGUCUACUUCAUCGUGCGGAGGAACGCGCUGGAGGAGAAGAUCGUCCAGCAAGGACUGGAGAAUGUCAGCAUCGACGACAUCCACAACAAGCCAUGGGAGUCUCUCGAGAGAGACAUCGAGGUCUGGAUCAUGAAAUUCACCUCCUUCGCGAAAGACGAAUUCCCGCCAGAACGGAAUCUGUUAGAUUCCGUUUUCGCGGGGGAUUCAGAUUCCUCCAUCCCAGAGAUCCUCCUCUCCGCCCUCACGUGCGGGAUCACCAAGCACAUCCUCAAAUUCGCGGAGGCGGUGGCGCUCACGCACCGCUCCCCCGACAAGCUCUUCAAGUACCUCACCAUAUACGAGGCCGUCAGAGAUGUCGUUGCCGGGAUCGGGGCCCUGCUGGCGCAGGGCGUCGCGCCCGAGCUCAAAAACGAGGCGUUGAUGAUCAGAAGCCACCUCGGAGAGGCUAUGAUCUCAAUCCUCACCGAGCUCGAAAACUCCAUCAAGAACGACCACGGGAAGAACCCAGUUCCUGGUGGAGCCGUGCAUCCAAUCACAACCUACAUCAUGAAUUACCUCGAAUUCACUGCCAUGUACAAGGACUCGCUCGAGCAAGUCUACCUCGAGCACCAGAGGCUCGAGGCGACCAUUGCUGCUGCUGCUGCUGCCUCCACUGUUGAUGCUGAAGGGGUUGUCGUUUCGCCUUUCCAGGCACAGAUCCUCAAGAUCAUGGACUUGCUCCUCUCGAAUCUCGAGGACAAGUCCAAAUUCUACAAGGACACUUCCUUAACUUCAAUCUUCAUGAUGAACAACGGGCGUUACAUGCUUAAAAAGAUCAAGAAAUCAGGUGGGCUCCACAGCCUGCUAGCGGAAACGUGGUACCGGAAAAUGUCGUCGGAUCUCCGGACGUACCACAAGGGGUACCAGAGGGAGACGUGGGGGAAGCUCCUCGGGUUCCUGAACCCGGAGGGGCUGACGGGGAACAACAAGCACGUGAAGCCACUGCUGAAGGAGCGGUUCAAGAAUUUCAACGCGCUGUUCGACGACAUACGCAAGACGCAGACGAGUUGGGUGAUCUCGGACGAGCAGCUGCAGUCGGAGCUGAGGGUUUCGAUAUCGAACAUGGUGGUGCCGGCGUACAGGUCGUUUCUGGCGAGGUAUAGUCAGAUAUUUUCGUCGGGGAGGCAGACGGAGAAGUACAUCAAGCAUCAGCCGGACGAUGUUGAGACGGCCAUCGAAGGCCUCUUUAGCGGCACUCCGGCCACGUCGGGAAAGAGGAAGCUAUGAAGAGGCGGUUUGAUGGAGAGGGGAAUGAUAAUUUACUACUGCUUGUUUAUGGUUUGGAUUUGGAGUUUCAGGUGUAAAUUUAUGUUAUGUAGUACUUGAUCAUAGAUGCUUUUCUUCUAACUUUAGUGCUCCAUUCAUUUUGGAAAUA